AUGAAGAAAUUGAUUCAUUGCGAAACAAAGAGUAUUGCCGAUAAGAGACGAGCGCUGAUGGUGCUCGCAAAACAUCCAUUACCUCAUACCACCAUUAACAUCUUAUUGGCAAAGAACAACGUCGUAAUGGGAAGAGUUCACAAUAAUGAAAAUAAUAUUCGGACAUUCCGAGCAAACUCGACAAAUUUUCUGCUCACCACAUCAUUGGCCAAUCCAAAGCCAAACCAAAAUUCCACUCACCCAUUUGCAAAUUCACUCCCAAAACUAUAUUAUUUGUUUCUUAUCGGGGGAGGAAUUGUACUAGUUGCCAAUUUUAUUGGAAUAAUUUAUUACAAGAAACAAUUUAAUGAAUUGAUGAAACAAAAUUUUCUAAUUUCAAAUGAUGAAGAGCAUCAAUCAUCUCAAACAUUGGACAGUACACAAAUUCAAAAACUUAAAGAAUUAAUUACAAGUGUUCGCUCUUUAAUUAGAGUGGGCUAUUAUCCAAAAGAGUUUUAUGAAACCAAAAUUUUACAUGAUAUUCAGUCUUUGAAGGGAAAACAAUUGACAGACGAUCCACAUGACCAAGAAACACUACAACAAAUGAUAGAAAUGUUUUUAGUAGAUUUGAAAAAGUGCUCUUCGCAACCACUUCGAUCCCAACUUGCACAAUCGGCUCCUCAUGAUGAUGAAUUGACACAAUGGUUAGAAAAACCAAAAGAAACAAGCGCUGGAGACAAAACUUCUCUCAAGGAUUUAUAUACAUCAAAAGUCAUGUCUUUCCCUACAUUAUAUAAGGUUUUUUGUUUUACAACUAUUGGAUCCUUGGCCUUUGCGAGACUUAAUAGAAUUCCUGCAAUCAGCCAAAAAAGCAGAAUGGCAAUAACAUCCAUUGUUAUCAUGUACAGCGCAUGGGCUGGGCUUUUCAGACAUUAUUCCAUCACCAAACUUUCAAACAUGUUCACUUCAUGGUUUGAAACAAGUAAUUCUGAAGGUCAACCAACAAUCAGAUUACCCAUUGUUCAUUUAAUAUUCCAACAAUACUUGAAUGUUUUUGCCUUCAUUAUUUGGCUCUCCAUGUACAGAUUAGUUCGAUAUGUCGUGUUGCCAGAAGUGUUAUUUGCGUUUGAUCGAGAAAUCAUUCAAUUGCUUGAGGAUCAGUCUCUUAAGGAGUCUAAGAAUUCGGAAAAACCUCAACACAGCAAAGAAGAUUAA